AUGUACGGCGCCCUUACAGCACUAGAAACGGAGCUGCAGCGUCAACGGGAAGCCCGGGAAUGGUUUCAAGGACAAACUUUUAACUGGGACAAGCAGCAAGUCAAAUCGCCAAUCGAAGAAUUUCCAGAAGAAGCAACGCGCCAACGACAUGAGUCCGACAAAUCGCCAGUUGAGACUCGAGAUGUAUCAACAGCAGGAACAGAUUCGAGGAUGGUUCGAAACUCUAUACGAGAACGUAAAAGAAAUAGUGGCACAGAAGAGGAACAAAAGCGCUCAGACCAUGAAAGAGGAGAUCCAGGAACAGUGCGGAUGUCUGCACCAAGAUAUGUAGUGCCUGGAACAGCAGUUCGUCGGCUUGGCCUCACAGAUUAA